GUCACUAGUGUCAAAUUGAACCUGGAGGACUUCACCGUUGAGUGUUGAGCGCUAAGUUUGUCCUACUGAACAUUUUCACGUUUUCCGCGUUGUGUAACCUGUUCUCAUGCGCCUAUAGUGAUAAUAAACGCUGGUUAGUAAUGCGACGGGCUUGAUUAGCCCGGAUAUUCGCGUAAAAGUCCGCAGCGAGUGCAAGAACGCGUACUUAAUGGCGCCGGAAGCGGGCAAAGACGCCUCACGGGGCCCCUGCCAGCUCUGCUUCCGCGCCAUCAAAUGGGUGCCGGUGCUCUUCAUCAUGUGCAUUGUCAUCUGGAGCUAUUACGCAUACGUCAUCCAAUUAUGCAUAUACACAGUGGACUCCGCCACAGAAAAGAUUAUCUAUCUUGUGGUGUAUCACUGCUUCUUUGUGAUGUUUCUAUGGGCGUAUAUACAGACGAUUUUUACACAAAUCGGACGAGUACCAUUAUCGUAUAAGUUACCUGAGGGAGAAUUGGAAAGACUGACGCACUGCGACAACGAAGAGAUGCAGAAUAAUAUUUUAGAGCGCUUCAGCAAGGACCUGCCGAACGUCAACUGCACAAUCGGCGGUGCGGCACGCUACUGCGAGAAAUGUCGCCAUGUGAAGCCGGAUCGCGCACAUCAUUGCUCCGUGUGCGGCGAGUGUGUGCUAAAGAUGGAUCACCAUUGCCCGUGGGUGAACAACUGUGUCUGCUACACAAAUUACAAGUUCUUCAUCUUAUUCCUGGGCUACGCGCUCUUGUACUGCAUUUAUGUGUCCAUGACGACGCUGCAGUACUUCAUCGCUUUCUGGAAGGGCCAUCGUCACAAUACGGAUGCAUUGGGCAAUUUGGACGGAAUGGGCCGGUUUCACAUUCUGUUCUUGUUCUUCGUGGCGGUGAUGUUUGCCAUCAGCCUGGCGUCCUUGUUCUUUUAUCAUAUUUACUUAGUUUCGGUAAAUCGAACAACUUUAGAGGCCUUUCGUGCGCCGAUAUUUUUCACUGGUCCUGAUAAAAAUGGAUUCAACUUGGGUCGGAAAAAGAAUUUCAUCGAGGUGUUUGGUGAGAAACCAAGAUUAUGGCUGCUGCCGGUGUUUACGACCGCCGGCAACGGGCUCUACUAUCCAACGCGCGCGUGUCCCACGCCCGUGGGAGGAGGCGGAGGCGGUGGCCAGACGGCCACUGUCGGCGUCGGCGCUUACCACACAAUGGAGCACAUGCCAACCAGCUUGGGCGAUGGUUUGUCGUACGAAAAGCGCGUGCGCGAUGAGGACAUGGAGGGAUUGCUAAACGAAGUGCGUUUUGAGGACGAAUAGAAGAGAAAUUCCAAAGAAAAGAAUGAGUAUGACAUUCCAGCGAAUAAUUCGUUAUUUGGUUUGUUUUUAUUGUGUUGUGAUUCUUCAAAUUUAGCAGAUAACUUCAAUUAGAUGCUACAGUGAAGAAAUUAGAGUUUAAGUUAUACGCGAAGUGUUUAUAACGUUUUGUUACUUGAUAUUAUGUAAUAAGAAAUGAGAAUUAUUGUAAAAUAGGUGAAAAUAAAUAAAGUUUUAGUGAAA